GCGGCCGGUCCGUCGGUCCGUCAGCUGCGCGCCGGCGGCCGUGACAACAAAGGGCUCCGCGGGGCCGAGCGGAGGCGCGGUGGUAGCAGCGGCCAGGCGUGGUGCGAGUGAGUUUCACAUAAACUGUUUACCAGUCAUGCCUUUGCAUGUCCUGUACCUAAGCUGAUAAACCAUCUAUGCACUUUAAUCUCAAGUCUAUGCCACUCUGCUAGUAGUACAGUGUGAGCUGUGCCUUGAACCUUGGAUAUCAAGACCUACCUGCCAAAGUUUUGUUCCUGCCUUAGUAAUGUUCCAGAGGCUAAAUAACAUGUUCAUGGGAGAGAUUGAUAGCUUGUCCAGCCAAGAGCCAGAGUUCAGUGAGAAGGAAGACGACGAGUGGAUUCUGGUUGACUUUAUAGCAGACACUUGCACUGACUGCUCUGUGGAGGAGGCAGACAUCGAUGAAGCAUCAGCCACCGAUGGCUCGCCCGUCUUCACUUGCUUACCCUCUCCCUUGGAACACUUGCCAGAGGCCAACGAGUCGUGCUUCAUCCAGUUUGAGUCGUGCCCCAUGGAGGAGAGCUGGUUUAUUACCCCUCCCCCAUGUUUCACUGCAGGUGGCUUAACCACUAUCAAAGUGGAAACCAGUCCAAUGGAGAACCUCCUCAUAGAGCAUCCCAGCAUGUCUGUGUAUGCUGUCCAUAAUGCUUGUCACAGCCUUAAUGAGACUGCAUGUGGAGAUGAGGAAUUUCACAGCCCAGGGAGUCCCAGACUGGAGGCCCGAAGUGAAACAGGACAGCGUGUUCACUGCUACGUCGCAGGUCUUGCUACUCGUUCAACUUUUCUGGAAAAAACCAAGAGCUUUCGUCCUACCCACUGGAUAAAAGAACAUAAUGCAAGACACUAUCUCAACCGAAACAGUCUCCGUCGACAAAACCUUACCAGGGAUUGCCACUCUCGGCAACUCAAGCACAACGGACUGUUUGUUCACCAGCCUUGCCAGCGUCAGUUCAAUUACUGAUGGCUCUUGUGGUUUUAAUCUAUAGUCUAAUUGUUUUUAGAUUGCUCUUGUUUUCAUGCAUAGGUAAGCGUGGUCAAUCUUGAAGCCGAUCGUCAGUCCCUCAAACACAAUCAUAACUCAUGUCGCGUUCUCUUCAAGUGACACACAAACCUCCGAACGCCUUGCAGCAAGUCCUAAACGUUGGUGUUAAAUAUCAGUGUCUCAGAAGCCUCUCAGUGCAAUAGUUUGUGUGCUGUUUUAUAAACUACAAUGUAUAGUUGGGUUCUUAGCUGGUGGUUUAAAGACACUUGACUGAGAUGGAAAUCGGUCACAAUUCACAUUAAUCCAAGCAGAGUUAGAAAACUCGAGGUUAGCCGUGUGCUUUAACGACCAGUACGUGGGAGCUCGUGUGUCUGUCUGCAUUCAGCAUAUACAAUUACUUUCUAACAAGGAGAUACUAUAGCUGCUGGUAGAUAUUACAUAGCUAUGCUGAACUGUUACAGGAAGGUCAGCUAACCUAAGUUGCCUAGUGCCUACUUGUGUUAGUGGAGUCUGUGUAGGUGUGUUGGGUACUUGAUAUGAGUGUCAGAAAAGGGUUAAGUGUUCCCCUGAUGAUGUUGCAGUAUGAUAUGGCACUGGUGUUACAGAUGUAGUACCUCACAGUGGAGUGGAGUGAAAUGGAAGGAAAAGUGGACCUGUGGGUUAAGUGCAGAUGCACAACCCGGAGAGCUGAACUGGGUUCUACUUGGUACAGUUCCGAAUUCUUAUACUCCCUUUCUCUAACCCUUUCUGUCUUUGAGAGAUAUAUUUUCCCCUAUUCUCUUCUAUUGAAUCUCUAGUCCAGUUAAAGGAAAAAGAUGAUGGAUCAACCGUUAUUUUAGUCCCAGUGGUGGCUGACUGCUCUUUAAAGAAGUCAGGCUGAUGGAUGGCUGUUUCUGAGCUGCUAAUUGCUGUUAGAUCAUAUCAUAUUUACAGAUUGAGAGUAGCUCAAAAUGUAGUUGGAAGAAAGGUUUUACUAGAAGCUCUUUUAAUUUUCUCUCUUUAUCUCAAUGAAGAUACAGUCUGAGUUAGUUGUGACUGGAAAUGAAGGCCAGUGCGUGGCAGGGAUAAGAGAUUGCUAAAAAAUAAUCUUACAGGAAAAUAGUCUUACAGAACAAUACUUACAGAACUAAACAGUGAUAACACGGUAUAUAGAAAUCAAGACAGAUCAGCAGUGGUUGUUCUCCUAGCCCACUGUGGGCAGAAGGACCGGAUAGCAAUUCUGUGGGCCAACAGGAAAGAAAAGCCAUUCAAAACUAAUACGUUGUUUUAUUCGGAACACUGUGCAAGAUGUCUUGGAAGUUGGCAGGGACUUAAAGCAACUUAAACUUCACCUGUUAACAAACAAUUUAUAUUACACAGCAGCCGUGUGGCAUGCUAAAACCUGAUAGACCGAUCUGGGAAGUAGAUUGAAUGAUUAAUGAGGUAAGGAAGCAGAAAUCUGCACUGAAAGAAGGUGGGGGGAAAUAUAAGUAAGUUUAUCUCCCUUUCUCUCGCUACUUAAUGUGACCCCUUUGUUUCCUUGUGUGUAGUGUCUAGGGUAUUAAAGCGUUAACAUUGCAUUCAACCACGUCUUCCAGUAGUCUUUAUACAGAGGUUAGUAUAAGGAGUCAUGUGCAGAGUCUUUGGAAUUAGGGAAUUCACGAUAAUGUGAGUUACUUCAGACCUAUGAAAUAUCUAAAAAUUCAGCCAAAUGCUUCGGUCUCACUGGAACAAAACCCCAACAAUUUGGAUUGACUUUGAUGUAAUGGUACUGCUGCACAUUCUGCAGCUGAAAUUGUUGUGGAACGUACUCAGUGUACAGGAAAGACCAUUUAUAACCUCUGUUUCACUACAGAUGUGCUGCUUCACUGGGGUUAGUUAGGAUUGUUGUAAAGGGAUCUCAACAAAUAGUUCAACUUAUAAAAGCAAGAGGUGCUUUCCUGGAUACGCUAGUCUCAUUUUUAUCAUGCAUUGAACUUGCAUGAAUGACAAAAGAAGACAAAAUUGGUCACAUAAUGUUUCCAAAACAAAAGAUUUUGUUACUGCUCUUUUCAGCAAUAUGUGCCCAUGUCCAUGUAACAGUUCUUUUGUGGUCCAAAUACUCUGGUUUAGCUGCAUAGAGCUGUAGUUUUACCAAUUUCUCAUCUGUUCACAAGUACUCUUACUUGCCUUAGAUUACCUACCUUUAUCACUCCAACUUUUUGCCCAGCUUAAACUUCCUUUUCCUCACUGCCAACUUUCUAGCUCAGGAAAAUUCUCUGCUUUCCUGUAUUUUUUCUUAUAUAAAGUAACUUCUUUCCUUCAGCUUUAAUUUUCUUAAAGUGAAAUGAAGGAAGGUGGAGUCUCCACCUCCCCGUGUUGGAAGGCGUAAGUAAUCCUUUAACUGUUAAAACGGGGAGAUGGAGUUGAGAGUAUAAGGCUCUUGGACAUUACAAUGAGCCUUGGUCUGUUCUUCUCAGUGGGCAAGUAAAUGCAACUUUAGACUGCUCCUAGAGUUGGGAGAUACUGAUCUUUUUAUACUACAUUACUAGAUGACUUUCUGGUGAUGAAAACCUAUAUCUUUCAGGAUAUAAACUAUGUUGUUGCACAAAGCUGUGCUUCUCAAUUUGUAAUAUUGGAAACCAUAUUAUUGUGUGAGAGAGUACUGCAUCAAUGGCUUUUUGUUAAUUUGUUCUAUGUAUUUAUGUUGGUCUAGCCCUGUUUUGUGCCUGGAGCUAUUGGGCAAUUAGAUUUGUUUUGGUUUUCUGUUUUAAUAGUGAGCUGUGUUGCUUUUUAUAUGGUUUUUGAAUUGUAUUAAAGUGUGUGUUUUAUCUUGUAAAAGCGGAGGCCUUGCACUGUCUCGUACUGAUUGAUAUUCACAAAUCUCGCUGAAAAUGUAUUUUCAUACGUAUUGGUCAAUAGAUUUGCAUUUUAAACUGUGCCUUCUACACAGCAAACUUGAAGAUUCAAAAGGGACAUUUCAGUUGGGGUUAAUACUGUACAUCAGUCUAUGCAUAUAUGGCAGCUUCUCUCCAGAGCCACUUCUCUAUUUGUAGCAGUCCUUUUGAUAUGGAAGAAUGUCUGGCUCUUAUUUUUAAUAGAUUAACACAAGCUGGAAAAUGACAAAAUACAGCACUUUGCCAAAAAGUAGCAUUGCUUAACCGGUGUGUAUUUACUAAAGCGAUCUUCUGUAUUUUGUUUUCAUAGUGUGUCCUGCACACCACAGGGAGACGUGAUCUUAACUCUCAAUAAAAAAUGGCCUAUUAAAAA